AUGUCUAAACACAUCCUACCUCACGCGCUCGCUGUCCCUGCGAUUAAGAAGCUUGCCGGAAAACGGAUCGUGCUCGCUUCCAACAGCCCUCGAAGACGCGAAAUACUGCACACUUUCGGUCUUGAACCUGACAUCGUGCCAUCGACGUUUGAGGAAAACUUGCCUGUGAGCUCAUUUGCGGACAUACACGAGUACCCUGUUGCAACGGCAACACACAAGGCGGUGGAGGUGUACGAAAGGCUUGUGGAACAGGAUCCUGACCAUGCUCCGGACCUCGUUGUCGCAGCGGAUACGGUGGUCUUGACCCAUGCUCAGCCUAUAACGUCAGAUACAGCGUACUCGGUACUUCCGCAAGCGAAUCAGGAACUGCUUGAAAAGCCGCAAUCGAAAGCGGAUAACCUGCGGAUGCUCUUAGAUAUGAACGGUGGCGUAUUGUUUCCCGUCCUUACUUCCCCCGGCUAUUCAAUCAAAUCAAUAGAUGAGCGUACUCUCGUGUACUUUUCCGACAGCCCGCCACACAUCAUCAACGCAUACGUAGAUAGUGAGGAGGGCAUUGACAGGGCUGGAGGUUUUGCUAUUCAGGGAUUGGGCGGCAUUCUUAUACGAAAAAUUGAAGGCGAUUAUAACAACGUCGUCGGGUUCCCUGCGGCGUCAUUCUUCAAGCUCCUCGAUCUUUUGACCGAAGAGGACCCGGAUUUUCUUGACAUAUGA